UACAACUCCAUUCGAGCUACAUCAUCACGUUCAACCUCGCCAUCAAUUAAACUAACAUGAAACCCACAACCUGCACGACAUUAAUCCACUAUCAACGCUUUGGUUAUUAUAAUUUAAGUUGCGAUUCUCGCAUAGCCUAAUAUAAUAAUAAAAAAGUCGAUUCAUAUUCGGGGAAAACAAACUGGCACUGGUCUUUACUUGUUAAAACUAUCCCAACCGGUACACCAAGUUUCUAGCACUCAAAACAUCGCAUUACUCAAGAGAGAAACUGCAUGAAUGUGUAUGGUUAAGGAUACGAAUGCCACAACCGGUCAGACCUGCAACCUGUGAAUGGGCGUGGGGGCUCAGGUACGACGAUAAAUAGUUGCUUUUACAGAACUUUGUUGUCAUAUUGCCAUGUGAGGAACUCCGAUGUGAUAGCAGAACGCAUUGGGGAUAAUUUCACUUGCUUCACUAGGAGUUUAAUAACGCGCAUCGUUUUAGAAGAAAGUGGUAUGGUGUGGAAGAUACGAAUACCAUAGAACGUUUUGUUACUUUGUCAUUUUAUGUGAUUGCGGUUCGCAUUGUUUUUGUUUAACUUUUUAUACAGUUGCCAGGUGUGCUUCUAUCGCUAUUCAAGUUAAGCACGACGUAGGCUACGUCUAUAUUUUAAAAUAGACCUGUUGUUUGAAGUAGUCGUUUGGAAUUAGCUUAUUCGCAGCAAAUGUUAAAACUUUAAAGCUCGGGAACACGAGUUGUUGCCUACACAGUGGCACACAGUCGAGACAAUUUAAUCCUUGUCGUCUUGUCAACGUUUGGAGCGUCGCUAUGGAGAUUCAUGAUAGACAGGACCCGACGCAGAGAUAUUCUCAUCCGUUUACGCACGAGCUGAAGCUGACCACCACACAGAAAGUCCGGGGGGCAGUGUUGGGUGCUGUGCUGUUCCCUCUGCGUGUGGUCCUUGCUGCGUUGUUCUUCCUGAUGAUGUGGCCGCUGGCUCGGCUGCGAUUGGCCGGGCUGUCGGAGGCGGACCGGGCGCGGCCGGUGCAGGGAUGGCGGCUCUGGCUGCUGCACACGCCCGUGCUCCUGCUGAGCCGCGCGGUCUUCUUCUCGCUGGGCUUCCUGUGGAUCCGGGUGCGGGGCCGGCAGGCCGGCCGGGCCGAGGCGCCCCUGCUGGCCGUCGGGCCUCACAGCAGCUUCCUGGACAUCCUGGUGCUGCUGCCGGCGGGGCUCCCCACCGUGGUGUCCCGCUCAGAGAACUGCAGCCUGCCCGUCAUCGGGGCUCUGUUGGAGUUUAAUCAGUCCCUGCUGGUCAGCAGAACGGAUGCAGACUCCAGGAGGCAGUGUGCAGCUCAGCUCAGAGAAAGACUCACGUCCAAUGGUCGCUGGCCUCAGAUGCUAAUAUUCCCAGAAGGCACCACUAGUAACGGUACAGUGCUCAUCAAGUACAAACCUGGGGCAUUCAUGGCAGGAGUUCCAGUUCAGCCCGUACUGCUACAUUAUCCAAAUAAACUGGACACAGUGCGCUGGACUUGGAAAGGCACCAGCUGGGUGCAAGCACUUUGGCACACCACCUCUCAGCUGUACACCAAUAUGACGGUGGAGUUCCUGCCAGUCUAUACUCCCUCCCAGGAAGAGAGAGCUGACCCCGCCCUCUAUGCUGACAAUGUGCAGAAGCUCAUGGCCCAGGCUCUGGGGAUCCCUGCCACAGACUAUGUGAUGGAGAGCCAGAGACCGGUGAGGAAACUGGGCUGCCUGUCUCUCCCCACACCCUCCCCCGCCAGAGAAACCCUGCUGCUGCUGCAGCGACACGGUGUAUCAGAUAUGGUGGCCAUUUUGAAGGUGAUGAUUGACAGCUGUCAGUCACACCAGGAUCUCCUGAUAAGUGCAGAUCAGUUGACGUCACUCCUGGGACUAACAGACAGACAGACAGCCACAAAGAUCUGCAACUUGUACUCUGAGGGGGAACAGACUGACCUCAGGCAGUUGGCAGUGAGCUUGGCUGCUGUCUCAGGCCUGCUGCCUGUGAAGUCUCUCAUUGACAUGGCCUUCACUCUGUAUGACGGUGGUAGUAAAGGCAGUCUGACUGCAGUAGAGUUUGGGGACCUCAUGGGGGCGCUGUUGGGUUGUAUUCAGCCUCAAUCGAAUCGGCUGUAUAAAGAGCUCUCCAGCAGGGGGCAGCCUACGCCAGACGAUCUGCGGGUGUUACUGACAGAACACCCCACAUAUCAGAAACUGCUUCCCCAAUAUCUCCAGCCUGAGGAGGCCAAUGGGAACACAGAGAGGGCCUCACGAAAUCGAACAGCUUUAUCCAAUAAGAAAACAACCUGAGGAUUUCACCACUGUAUAGUUGUUUAUUUGCAGGACUGUGUGUGUGUGCGUAUGUAUGUGUGAGUGUGGGUGUGUGUGUGUGUGUGUGUGUGUGUGUGUGUUGGUAAAAAUAUUGUAAAAUGCAGCUCAAGGUUUACAAAUGACAUUCCAUUUUAUUAGCUGUUUAAUUUUAUUGUGGUUUUGUCCGUCUGAUAGUUAGAAAUUAUAUUUUAUUUCUAAUCAGUUUUAUUUGUAUGUCUUUUUUAACAAAGUUUUCUACAUGUGUCAUGUUUGGCGUCAUAGUAAAUGAAACUGUAAAUGAUA